UUCUCCAUUUAACAGAGGAGUAACUUACAAACGAAACGAAACAAAAAAAGCGAGAGAAAGGAAGAGUUUCAUUGGGGAAGGGGAGUUAAGAAUCUAGUGAGCUCAGCCAAGUUAGAGCUUGUUGUUGUUGAGGGGAAUUAGCAGCUCUGCUUUCUCAUAUUUUUUGGACGGAAUCGAAGUGCAUGGGUCCUCUAGGUGAAUUGCCAGCUUUGAGAAAUCACAGAAAGCCUCUUGGGAUUCGUUUCUUAGAACACAUUAACAAAGGGAAACUAUCCUAUAAAACUCAUCAAGCCAUUGUCUUGAUUGUAACAUUUCUCGCUUACACUAGCUACCAUGCCACAAGGAAAACAACCAGCAUCGUCAAGAGUGCUCUCAAUCCCCAGUCACCCGAUGUAAGCUUGAAUUUUCCAUGGAGGAUAACAUACCUCAGUUCACCCGUUGAAAACAAAAGAGUUUCUUGGGUUCUAGGAGAUGGUUGGGCACCAUUUAACCGAUCCGAUGGAUCCGUCUUGCUUGGUGAAUUGGACGUGGCAUUCCUCGCGAUAUAUGCUUUUGGAAUGUACUUCUCUGGACAUUUGGGUGAUAGAAUGAAUUUAAGGAUCUUUUUGACAGUGGGAAUGAUCGGAACUGGCUUGUUUACUUCACUAUUUGGUGUUGGGUUCUGGGCUAAUAUCCAUAGCUUUUACUACUACCUUAUAGUGCAAAUGGUUGCCGGUUUAUUUCAAUCAACAGGGUGGCCUUCGGUUGUUGCAGUGGUCGGUAACUGGUUUGGGAAGAAAAAGCGAGGUUUGAUUAUGGGCAUAUGGAAUGCUCACACAUCUGUUGGGAACAUUACCGGUUCAUUGAUUGCUUCGGCACUAUUGAGCUACGGAUGGGGUUGGUCCUUUGUUGUGCCUGGUCUGCUUAUUGCUUUCAUUGGCUUGUCGGUUUUCCUUUUGUUGCCCGUUAGUCCCGAAUCAGUCGGAGCUGAAAGAGACGAAGAUUUAGUGGAUUCUCCUAGGAAGAGCGAAGAGGAAGUGACAGAGCUUCUAUUAGGCUCGGAUGCUGAGAUCAAGGGGAAAGCUGUAGGGUUCAUCGAAGCAUGGAAAAUCCCCGGGGUUGCUCCUUUUGCUCUCUGCCUAUUCUUUGCCAAAUUGGUCGCUUACACAUUUCUCUACUGGCUUCCAUACUACAUUUCCCAUACAGCGAUUGAGGGAAAAUAUUUAUCAAGUGAGACGGCAGGAAACUUGUCAACAAUCUUUGAUGUCGGAGGAGUGCUCGGAGGAAUCUUAGCCGGACACAUUUCUGAUCGCUUAGAUGCCAGAGCCAUAACAGCAGCAACUUUUAUGUACUGCGUGAUCCCAGCUCUCUAUUUCUACCGUACUUACGGACACAUUUCGAUGGCGAUGAACAUAGCUCUCAUGUUCACUUGCGGCAUGUGUAACGGCCCAUAUGCUCUUAUAACAACUGCUGUCUCAGCCGACCUGGGAACACACAGUUCAUUGAAGGGAAACUCAAAGGCAUUGGCAACCGUGACGGCAAUCAUAGACGGAACAGGCUCCGUCGGUGCUGCGAUCGGACCAUUGCUGACUGGUUACAUUUCCGCCAAGAGCUGGAGUGCGGUUUUUACGAUGCUCAUGGGAGCAGCUCUGGUUGCAGGGCUGUUGUUGACAAGGCUAGUGGUGGCCGAGGUGGUUGUGAGAGUUUCCGAAUCAAGGCCACAAGGAGGAUCCCAGUCAACAUCCCAAGAUGAAGAAAUUGAUGUAUGAAUGAUUUGUUUGUAGAAGCUUCAUUUGUAUAGAGUGUGUGAUUGUCAUAAUUUUUCUUGGCUCUAGUUGUAAAAGGAAGGGGAGGAAGAUCCUUUGAAGCCAAGAAUUUUCUGGCAAUUCUCCAUGAUUAACAUGGCAAUGCAGCAUGGAGAGUGGACGCUCCCUAUCUAUCUGCAUGUACAUUUUGUA